AUGGAGGAGAAGUACCUGCCGGAGCUGAUGGCGGAGAAGGACUCGCUGGACCCCUCCUUCACGCACGCUCUGCGGCUGGUGAACCAAGAAAUAGAAAAGUUUCAAAAAGGAGAAAGCAAGGAAGAAGAAAAGUACAUUGAUGUGGUGAUUAAUAAGAACAUGAAGCUGGGACAGAAAGUAUUAAUUCCUGUAAAACAGUUCCCUAAGUUCAACUUUGUGGGGAAACUUUUGGGUCCACGUGGCAAUUCUCUGAAGCGUUUACAGGAAGAAACUUUGACAAAAAUGUCCAUUCUUGGAAAAGGUUCCAUGCGAGACAAGGCAAAGGAAGAAGAGUUGAGGAAAAGCGGAGAAGCAAAGUACUUCCACCUCAACGAUGACCUCCACGUCCUCAUUGAAGUCUUUGCCCCACCAGCAGAGGCCUACGCCCGGAUGGGCCAUGCCCUGGAAGAGAUCAAGAAGUUCCUCAUCCCUGACUAUAAUGAUGAAAUCAGGCAAGCACAGCUCCAGGAGUUAACAUAUUUGAAUGGUGGUUCGGAAAAUACAGAUGUCCCAGUCAUUCGAGGGAAACCCUCCUUGCGUACAAGAGGUGUACCAACCCCUGCAGUAACCAGGGGAAGAGGAGGAGUCACAGCCCGGCCAGUUGCGGUUGGUGUCCCACGAGGGGCGCCGACCCCCAGGGGAGUCCUCUCCUCCCGAGGGCCAGUGAGUCGAGGACGAGGGCUGCUCACACCCAGAGCAAGAGGAGUCCUGCCGACUGGGUACCGACCUCCACCACCACCCCCUGCACAGGAGACCUACGGAGAAUACGUAAGUGAAGACGUCACCUAG